AUGCUGUAUGUGCAGGUGGCCAUCGACAGAGCCAUGGCUGAAGCCAGACUUGCAGAGGAGAAACAGCAGGAGGCUACAAGAGAAGCCCAAGUGACCCUGGAAGAUGCCCAGAAGGAAUGCAGUAGGGGACUUCCACACUGGCUAGGCCCAGUCCUUGCACCCCACUCAGAACCUCCCAUGGUAACUGACUCAGAGUGGUUGGGUCUGAGUGCACAGGAACAAUUGGCCUGGGCUAAAAAUAUUCAAGACCCUCGGAUUGCAGUAGGUUCUUAUUCCCCACUAGAAAAGAAGAUUAAGUGUGUAGGUGGCGUCCAUUCUUCAGAUGCAAGAAAGCUGUUAUGCCGAGAAUUUAAGAAGGAGGCUGGAACAGUUGAUAAACUAAAGACUGUGUCUUUUGACUCCCAGAGUUCUAAAGCAGAAACACACUACCAUCAACUUCAAGAAAUGAUGACGGAGCAAACAUGGAACCAGAAAACGGAUCCAGAAUGGGAAAUGAAAAUAGAGGAAGAGAAGCAAUCACAAAGCAAAAAGUCUGAAGGUGAUGAAAAAUGGGACUAUCUAGUUUCUGAGAGGGAACUGAAUCAUAUACAGAAACACAUUUACCGAGCUGAACAUGCUAGAGGCCUCAGAGACAACAAGUACAAACUACUCCCUCAAAAAGUUCCAAGUGAAAUGCUUUUCCCCAAAAUAACACUGUACAAUGAAGAAAAAGAAAAAGUACAGCACCUAUACAAAAGAGAAACAAAAAAGCCCAAGGUGGCAUGGGCAAAGGAGCAGAUAAACAAACAUGAAGAACGAAUGAUUCGAGGGCGAAAACUCACAAAACAGAGAAACGAUGAAAGAGAUGCCCAGAAACUCUCCAGCUAUGUUCCUCUUCUAAAACCUAAGGUGGAGAAGAAGGUGAAGGAGGAGUUUAAAAGGGUCACAGCGUAUCCUCUCUUCCAGCCUAACCACAAAUCACAUAUGGAAGUGACCGUUCUGAUGAAGAAAUCCAAAGAGGUAAAAAUUCAAAAAACAUUCCAAAAGGAGUUCUUGAGUAUACCACCAUUCUUAAGAUGUCAACUAAGGAAGAAGAAAAGUACAGCCUGGGACACGGCUCAAGUGGGAAAAUGCUUGCCUAACAAGCAAAGGUCCUAAGUUCAAACUUCAAUACCACAAAAACAGAAGCAAAAAAUAAUAAAGCUUAAGUUAUUUUCUGG